AUGAUCAACAGGUUGAGAAGACUUUCCGAUUUGGAAAACGAGCAAUUUCUUCUGUCCUUGACUUUAGAAGAUCGUGAAUCCAAGGAUAAAUUAGGUGCUGAUGAAAUGAAAAACAUGCAUUACUCUUAUCGAAAUCAUUUUAGCAAAGAAGGAAAUUGUGAUGAAAAAGAAUAUCAAUACAUCAAUAACUAUGAUGACGAUGACGAUGACGAUGACGCCAUGGACAUUGACGACCCUAAUGAGUAUAUGGUCAUGCAUGAAUCUGACUCUAAUUCCUCAAGUGAUACAACCAAAAAGGAAAAAGAUGAAACUAGUAUGAAUAAUCUAACCAGUGAACCUCGUCGAUCAGAGAGUCAUGUACUUUCUGUUUUGUCUCCCACUAUGCUUGGGGCUCGACUUGCCGUACAAAAGCCACUUAUGUUGAUGCCGCCACCAUCGCCGUCAUCGCCGUCAUCGCCGUCAUCGCCAUCUCGGCAAUCUUUACAGACACAAUCAUUGCCAUACACUGGGCAUACAACUGGUGCUCCUGACUUGCUUAAAAUGCGCAGAAAAUCUUCUGUUGACUUUGAGUUUGACACUAGCUCGUUCACUCCAGUUAACCAGUAUCCUAAGAAAGUUAACUCCUAUAACCUGAAGUUAGAGAAUCCAAGUCCAGACCUGUUUCUUGCUAACCAGCUUAACAAUGGAGAUCAAAAUAUUCACAAAGGCCAGUUUGCAAUACACCAUCACCAUUACUAUCCUCCUAUACAACAAAAUAAUCCCCAAUACCAGCAAGACCACGAGCGCGAGCGCGCGCGCGAACAAAAUCUACGAGAUAUGUCUUUAAUUCUGCGAAGUAAGAAGAGCGAUUUGGAUAAAGUAGACACGCAUUAUAAGAACCAGAUACAAGCUAUAGACGAUGAUCGUCAAAGCUCGUUGAAACAAAAUGGAUACAAUAGUCAGUAUAUCGAAGACUAUGCGUUGGUUAGUUUGCCACCACCAUGGAAAGCUGGUAUAACCCCUAUUGAGAAAGUACCAUAUAUUCUUUCCUCGUACUUACAAUUUGCAAUCAACUUUGUUCUUUCAUUGUAUGUGGUCUAUUUGAUAUACUACAUUUGCUCCUCAAUCAAAUCAGAUGUCAAUCACCGGAUAUACGAACAAAGACUUCAACUUGCUUCAGAUAUUUCAGUUUGCAGACAACAAUACUAUGAGAACAAUUGCGACGACCCGAGUUACCUGUCUUUACCAUUGAUGCGCAAAAAAUGUGAAAAGUUUCGUAAAUGCAUGGAACAAAAUCCAAGCUCUAUAGGCAAUUUGUCGCUUAUAAAUGCUCAGAUUGUUGGGAUGGUGCUUAACUCACUAAUUGAACCAUUGAGUUUUAAAUUCUUUAUAUUUAUAUUAUGGUGUGGGGUCGUGAUAUUUGGAUGCAACUUUGUGUUUGGCUAUGUUCGAGCUAAAACGUAUUACGGCGACUCCACGGUUGCUACAAAUCCGGAGAGGUGGAAAUGGAAUGAAAAUACUACAUGA